UUUGCUUACUGUAGAUAUAGGCUAUAAAACCUUUUUUUUUUUUUCAAAUCAACCAAGCAAUUGCAUGCUGUAAAAUACCUGUUGUCAUGUUUAACGUUCAUUAUCAUUUACUUAAUUAGUUAUUAAUUUUGUUUUACAUUAUUUUCUUCUGCAAGUAGCCUACACACUGAAUUAAAAAUAAACAAGUCGAGACCCGUUUUAAACAUGCUGAUACUAAGUUUCAGACAGGUGUACAUGAGAGCUAGCUACUUCUAAUGACAUUUUCCUUGACUCACAUGCAGUUUCAGGUUUUUCCCGGAUAUGUUUUUCAUAAAUGUGAACCUCGCUAGUAGUCACACUGCCUCCGGCAAAAACCAACAAAACUUUAACCCACUUGGAAUGUUAAAAGAGACGAGGAUACAAUAAUAAUAAAAAGUCCAGACAGUUUUUCUAUUCAUGUCAACACAAUUUUAUUUACACACAAUCAAAUUAUUCUCUUUAUUUGACAACACCAAAAGACAUAAAAGAAAGAGAAAUGGUCUGUCAGACCUUUGAGAAAAGAAGUUUAAAAUGCCUUGAACUAUUCACCGCUGAGACGGCUAAUCAGUAUUGAGGCUCCGGGGCAAUCGGGCAGCUUUUCAAUGCGCUUUGCCUUUCAUCUCUCACUGGAUGGAGGCGCUCAAUUAAAAGCCUAUCAGUUUGUAAGUAAAUCAACGCCUAUCAAAGUUGUCACAUCAAACAAAACGAUUAUUAUUGCAACCCGCCUCCACCAUUAAUCUCUUUCUGCGGUAAUCCGCUUGACAGGUCAUCUAGGAGAGCAAGAAAACCUGGAGUGGACAGUCAUCAGCGUGAAAGAAAUGUAUAUUUGGUUGGAGUACUCAGACACAUUGAAACGGAUAACCCUGAUCUAUGACAAACAAUAAACUUCGCUGGUUUGACCUAUACUUGGCAAUCAAAUCCUAAAACGCAGUUUUAUUUAAUAUGCUUAAAUCUCUAUAGCCUACAAACAACAUCUCACCCCAUCUACUUCAUAAAAAUAAAGUAUUAAUUUUUAAUGUAAAAGCCUAUAAACGUGAGGUUUUUAUUUAUCCUAUCUCACGCUCUCUCUCUCUCCGUCACACGCGCUCUCUAAAAUCAAUAGGCCUAUUUACUGAUUGCAUUUGUUUUUUAACAUAGUUUGCGUGUUCUAAUAUUUAGAAAGUUAGAAUUAUUUAACCAUAUAACACACAGGCCUUGCUCAAAGACAUGCAGAUAGUGUGCUUAUAAUUUUGAAAACCCUAGAUUGUAGAUUUGAAACAAAUAGGAAAAAUAUAUAGUUUAACAGCCUUUUCAUUCUUAGGCUACAUUAAAAUUACAUAUUUGUAUAGCCUACAUUUUUGAAAGUGCAAACAGAGGAAAGACUUCUGUAUCACUCCCUUUGCUAAUACAACACAGAUUCAAACAAACACUAGUGUCGAUAUCGGCCAUUUUAAACAAGCUGAAUGCAGAAUCUUUCUUCAGUGUGUAAAGAUGUGUGACUGUUUUCUGCACAAGCUGUCAACGCGUGACACACUGCGUGAGUUAUUAGGGCAGAGAAGGGUAACCAUAAAUUUCCAGCAUCGGGCAAAAAAAACCAAAAAACUAAACAAAACAGGAAUUCUCUUUAUUGUCUCCAUGACGAAUGAGCUUCUGAACCAGAUACCAAACCAAAUACCCUUAAAUGGGAACAUAUUUUUUGAGGGGGUCAUAAUUCAUAUUAUUUAAAUGCAAAUGUAUUUUCAUACAUCUCGUAUCGUCAUGUUUAUGCAUGCCGAAAUAUGUUAUAGCUAGUAAUUUACAGAGGUGCCCAAAGCAGCCGAAAACAUUUUCUGUAGGCUAGUCAAAGUUGAGGACGUUACAAUUUCUCAAAAUAAACAAUAACGCAUUUCACACGGAUUAUACUGAUUACGCACCCCUCCCUCCCCUUAAAGUUAAAAAUACAUUUGUAAGGUUCGCAGACAUUAAGUGAUGGGUAAAGCAAAGUAAGCAAUACAAAAUCAGUUCCAAUAAAAAAUACAGUAUUUAAUCUAUUUUAGUGCUUAGAAAAACUCAUGUAAGUAACUUCGGGAAUUCAACUAGCUCAUGUUUUUUUAAAAAAGGAGAACAUCUUAUUUUGCGUAACAUUAGGCUACAGAGCGUUUCACUCCGCUUCCUUUCUUUCAAAGCAUUAUAAAAAAAUAACCAGAAUUAAAAAAAAAACGUCUUCCUUCACCAAUGUUGAACAUGCAUUAGCUACAAAGCAUUUCCUAUCAUUAACUUUGGUAAAAGAGACCACAGUGUGAACCACUUUACCUGAAAUUACACAUACGCGCUCCGAUGCGUUACGACAGGUGUGAACAUUUGCAGGCACUAAAUCCUUUAAUUUUUUAUAAAGAUGGUCAUUUAAAUACAUUUCCAAUGACGUCCUAUGAAACACAGUUGAGCAGCCUAUAUAAAUAAAUACUUUAUUCUAGUGCGCUACCGCGAGCAUAAGAUACGAGACCCUACUUGUCUCCACACGGUCUGCGCGUCCCAAACUUCCGCCUGUGGGAGGAUCCGCGGUGACGUCAUGGCGCUCCCCACCAGAGCGUUUGUGCGUCUCUAGGAUAAUUCUACUUGAAGCAACUCUAAUAUUUAAGCUUUAACGUGUUGUUUCAUCGAUUCAAACGAUUGUGUGAACACACGACUUGAACAGUUAAAUAUGAUUAUCGAAAUUAUAAUACAGUGAAAUAUGAGUUAUUACGUUGUACAACACUUUAAACACAUGCUUUGCAAAUUCGCCUCAACUUCCAGUGAUUAAAACGGUUACCUUUUCAAACGAGAGCGGCCUGUAUCGCUAGCAGCAAUGUUACUCAUGUAAGAUGUUAUGAGCAGCUGAAACAGAUUUGAUUGUGGCGCGUGCUUCCGUUCAAGAUCAGCUGACACGAGCACGCGGAAGAACUAAAGCUUCAUUCGGAACGUAGUUUAAAAGUUUAUUUUGAAAACACAAAGAACAAAUUUCAGUCUUAUGAGCAGAGAAACGUUUGUGGUGGUCCUCGUUUGAUGCGUCUUUCCUUCUGAACUGUCAUUUGACUAUAAUGGCACACAACGAGUCAGCGGUUGUAGUGAAUGGAAGUCAGGUGUCCUGCAUUGGGCAUGAUUGGGAAGACAUUCCAGAUUUUCUUGGGGCAAAAUAUGGAGAAAUAGCAAGAAGAUUAGAUCUUAGCUUCAACCAAAUGAGGUCACUGACAGGCCUGAAAGCAUUCAGCCAACUGGAAGAGCUGAUUGUGGACAACAAUCUUCUCGGAAAUGACCUCCGGUUGCCCAGGUUACCACGGCUCCAUACCCUAACGCUCAAUAAGAACCAAUUCUCUGACAUCGAGGCCCUGUUGGAGAAUUUGGCAGAAGUGACGCCAGCGCUGGAAUACCUGAGCCUUCUGGGAAAUGAGGCCUGUCCCAACCAACUGGUCAGCAUGGAUAAAGAUGAAGACGACUAUCAGAGAUACAGGGCAUUGCCAGUGAUGUGAGAUCCGAAUCCACCACUACGCCAUACCACCCCGCUGCCCCGAAACACAAAGGCGUUUUCACCAAGUGCCGUUAUGUCUACUACGGCAAGCACUCAGAGGGCAAUCGAUUCAUCCGCAAUGACCAGCUCUGACUGACAGACGGGUCAGUGGAUACACACACGAGGGGGCUUUACAAAGAUAUCUUGCGCAUAUUAUUAUAAAUAUACAUGUUGCCACACACAUUUGAAGCAGCCGAACACAGCCCUCUAGUGCCGUCUGCUGAGUGUGCCUUCCCUGCCACCUCCCAUCGCUCUCGCUCCGUCUGAGCAGUGCCAUCCAGAUUGACAUGAUUGCCUUUAAGCAGCCCCGCUAUGCCACGGUGACAGAAACACACUCGUCUUGACAGCCGCGGCUCCAUGAUGGAUUGCCUGGUCCAACUGCUGCUCUCCCCAGGUCAAAGGUCCCACCUGAGGCUUUGGGCUGCCCACACGGAAGCCCAGGAUGAGCGUCCCUCAAAGUCAAAGCUAAAGUUAAAGAGAAAGAUCAGGGGAAAGUGCCGCUUUUGUUGGAGUUUUACACUAUAACCAUCAUUAAAAUUAAACUUUAUUGCAUGGUUUUGUCACCAUGUAAUUUUCUGGACAUUACUGUAGGCAGAAUGUCAGUUUCAAUCUUUGAAAAAAAGGCUAAUAAAUGUAAACAGAUUUAAUUUAGUUUGUUUCAAUUUAUUAGCCUUUAAGCUUUAAAUAUAAAAGAUGUGUCAGGCAAGUGCUCACCAUCAAUUGGCAUGAAGUGUUUUUAUUUAUUUUUUUAAAUAUGCAGAGAACUGUCAUUUUAAAAUUAUUAGCCAUUUUUAAACACACCUUUAAUUUAUGCUUUUAAUUUAAGAUUUAAUCUGUGUUAUUGUGUUUUAAUGAUCCAAAGCUGUAUUGAAUAUUUUCAGCAUGAGUGUUUUCAGAAAUGCAGCUGCGAGGCCCUCACAGGCUCUUGACUCUGUGGCAUGUGUAUGUUUUGCGUGUUUGUGAGGUGCAUGUGCAUGUCGUGCGCGAAGUUUGUGUGUUGCGGGGGCAGCUGUUGCAAUGCCGGAGCCUGGAGGAGCUGUGAAAGAAAGAGGUAAUGAGCUUUGCUUUAUUUCAUUCUUUCUCUGGAGGGAGAGAGCAAAGAAAGACAGCAGCUCUGGCAGUGAAAUUGGAGGAGGUGGAUGUACAGUAUGCAUGUGUGAGAGGGGAGUCAACAACUUCCUCCAGUCUUUUUGAUUGUUUCCUCAUGCGGUUUUUGGACCUACUGUAUUCACGUUAUUUUAAUGAUUUAUUUUCUCUGUAUGUUUUGAAAAAUCAAUUAAAAAAAAAUCCAUAA